AUGGAUGAGGUAGUGGAGGCAGUGGAGAAGGCGAAGAAAGAAUGGGAAGAGACCUAUUCUAAAGCACAAGAACACAUCAAAGCAAUUCAAGACUACGAUGUCAAAUCUUCUUCUUCUGCUGCUUCUCUUCCGAGAUUGAAUGGAUUAGCACAAGAUUGUUUAGCUUUGCUUCAAUCCUUACAGUUCCAGCUCGAUCUCCUUGCUCCUCAAUUGCCUACCCAUGAUCAAGUCAAAUCCGCUCUCCAAUUGCUUGAUUCCUGGAAACAACUUUACCAAGAUUUGCGUGUGAGUUUGAGAAAUGCUAAUUUGGAAGCCAAGGCUAACAUGAGAAAAGCUGCUCAACAAGAGAGAGAGCUUCUUCUAGGAGGUGGAGAAGAGUCCACGAUUCGCAGGCGAAAUUUGCAGACGAAGGCAGGGAUGACGUCCGCUGCAGAAAGCAUCACAGAGAGCCUUCGCCGUACUCGUCAGCUAAUGGUUCAGGAGGUUGAAAGAAGUACUAGCACUCUCAUGACUUUUGAGGAAUCAACAACGGUGUUAAGGAAGGCUGAAACAGAAUAUAAGGGCCAUCGCUCAUUGUUAUCGCGAACUCGUAAUCUUCUCUCUACAAUGCAACGUCAGGAUGUUCUUGACAGGGUGAUACUGGCAAUAGGAUUUUUCUUGUUCUCCUGUGCUGUUCUUUAUGUUGUUUCCAAGCGCAUUGGCAUACUUGCAUUGCAGAGAAAGGUUACCGCUGCCUUAAAAGCUGGAAAUGGUGUACCCAGAGCUGUUGAAGAUGUUAUACCUAGAGCUGUUGAAGAUGGUAUACCCAAAGGUGUUGAAGAUGGUAUUAAUGUUGCUCAGGUCUUAGACAAUGAAGUUCCCAAAGUGGAAGUACCAGUAGAACAAGCCAUGCGCGAAGAACUUUAA